AUAAAAGGGGACGCAGGCCUCGACAUACUGAGCACAUCAUCGAGCGACACCAAACAACUUCACUUGCUCGAUCGGCCAAAGCAAGCAAGCGACCAUGGGCGGCGGCCACGACAUGCACGGCGGCCACAACGGCGGCGUGAAGGGCUUCGUGUCCAGCCUUGUCGGCGGCGGCAAAGGCCACGGGCAGCACGGGUACGGCGGCCAGGGGUACGGCUGCGACCAAGGCUACGGCGGCCACGGGCAGCAGCACGGGUACGGCGGCGGCCAUGUGCAGCAGCACGGGUACGGCGGCCAUGGGCAGCAGCAGGGGUACGGCGGCCACGGGCAGCACGGGUACCCUCCGCCCGCCGCCGGGGCUUGCCCCCCGUACGGCGGCUACGGCGGCGGCUACCCCGCGCAGCCCGCGCCACACCACGGUGGCCACAUGGGGUCGUACCACACCGGGCACGGCGGCGGGCACGGCUACUCCGGCGGGAAGCACAUGGGCGGCGGCAAGCACGGGCACGGUGGCAGGAAGUGGAAGUGAAGUGGCCGGCGGAUAGCCGCCGGUCGGUCGCGCGCCCGCGCGCUCACGAACGCACGCAUCGGCAUACUGCCGCGUGCCCUCUGGUUAAGUGGCCAUGCUCUGUACGUAUACGUACGUAAAUAAAGGGCUACGUACCGGUUGCGCCGCGGGCGUGUGGUGCCUACGUUAUCUUAUAGCUUGAGCUGGUGGUCACUUCUCUGUUGUGGUGCCGUGAGCGGGGUGUAUGCCAGACGACCUAUUACAAAAUAAAUAAGAAAGUCUACAGCUCGUACAGUAUGUACGCAGCAAUAUUCUAUCCCAAA